AUGAUGGACUCUGAAUCUGUUCAAAGCGGCCGAGCAAGAGACAAGGCAUCGCGUAUUUCGCAGGCCUGCUUAAGAUGUCAAUCAAAAAAGAUCAAGUGUGAUGGGAAACAGCCGUCUUGCACUCCAUGCACAACUCGCAGUCAUGACUGCCAAUAUCAUCAGGUGCAGAGGCGGCGCGGUCCAGGCCGAAGCAAAAUGUACAUCCAAGCUUUAGAGGAACGGUUGUCAAAAAUGGAGGCUGUCCUUAACCAGGCCAGACUACCUCGUCCAGAUGCACCACUUACCAGGGUAUCUCCAUCAGAGACCGAUGCUGCUUCAGUAUCAGUAGCCCCUGGACCUGCACCCUCUUUUUACCCAGGAGCCAUCAUUGCUCCAAGCCAAGCCAGCACAGUUAAAUUCAAUACCCUGCAGAGCUCGUUUAACAAAAUGACAACCAACCAACCAGUUGUGGAUGGGUCAGCGCCACCAUUGGCUGUCGUUUCCACCACCCCUAGCGACUCAUCCGAUCAACAACCAAACAAACCGCCUGCGCCUCUAGAUAUCUUUGAAGCGCCCAAACCGGCGGCAGCGAAAAUGCCCGUAUUCGCCAUUAUUGCGAGUCGCAUGAAGGAGAUCAACUCCGCUUCGUACUGCUCCACGUUCAACAGACAAGUGUUUACUCCACGUCUUGAUAGGGAAGAGGCGAUUGAAUUGUUGAUGCCUCUUUACGAUGACGUGAUUGCCAACUACCCGCUUCUCAACUUUCAUUACUUCGCUGACCGAUUUGAGACUGUACCGGACGCUGAAGAGACGUUUAACAGUACAUCCGGUUGGGCGUACAUGAAUACUGUCAUCGCUGUUGGUACAAGGUGGAAGACAAUCAACAGUGCGUUCCAGGAAGUUUGCCAACUUGCAUGGCCUUUUUUGAAAAACGCUUUCUCCGUCCUUACAGAGCUCAUGGUAAGAGGCAGCGAUCUCUUGUCGGUUCAGGCUAUUGUGGCUAUGGCUGUGUACAUGCAGGGUACCACUUGUUCAAGGACGGCAGCACUCCUGUCCUCUGCUGCGGUGAGGCUGUCGCAGAACAUCGGACUUCAUAGACAAUCUUGCACAAUGAUGUCGAUGCGCGUGCAGGAAGUAGAAGCACGCAGUCGGGUUUUCUGGGCCGCCUACAUCUUGGACAAAGAGAUGGGCCUCAAUCACGGGCUGGACUCUACCCAGGAUGACGACGAUAUUGAGACUGAGCUGCCAACCGGCUUGGGAAAUGGAGUUGAUAUCCUUAAUCUACGGGCCAAACUUGCAAUGGUGGAAUCAUCUAUUCGAAGACGGCUAUACACGACGAAAGGUCUUCGGUUAGCUGAGGACGACGUGGUCAAGGCCAUCAUCGAUUUAGAUGCUCUACUAGAGGAGUGGAGGUUAAGUUUACCAGUAGACCUUCAGCCCAGUUACGACACUCCACAGGCUGGUUCGGAUAUCGCCCCAGACGUUUUGAAUUUGCACCUAGCGUUUUACCGUUGUGUCCUGAUGGUGCAUUGGGCUGCCAGACGCCACAGUCAAUACAAAACUGUCGCCAUUCUCAUGGGAACACCUGCGGGGUUCGAGAUGCCCUACAUACAAUUAUCGUUCUCCCAGAAGCGAUGUCGAACAGCUGCAUAUGCUACUCUAGGCCUUUUCAGAACUAUCUCAAUACCCCAAUAUUCAGAUCUUUGGCGGCUUCUCUGCUACCCACUGUGUGCAAGUAUGACGUUGUUCACAGAUGUUCUUGAAAACCCAGGUUCAUCACGUGCACGGAGUGACCUAGGGGCUACCAGGUCGUUCGCACAUUUUCUUCAGAGAUUUGAGAAAACAGAAGGAUGUGAUUUGAAGCGGGUGUUAACUGCAUGCGCUAUGAUGCAAAGAACUGCACAGCAUGCUGUAGACGACGCUCAAAACACCAUGCGGGCCCAGAAUCUAGUCGGAAGUAAUGGUGGUGGUGUUUCACUGAUACCAGGUUUCAGUUUAACCGAAGACGCACAAGCUUUACAAUCACUGCUUGGCGCAGCUACACAUCCCAUGUAUCUCAUUCAAGGUCUCAUGGGAAACCUCCCAAACAGAGACCAAAGUCUCACUGUCAGACUGGCCCACUUGCUCGGAACCCCCUUUGAACGAGGGAAGCCAGGCAGUCCGCUUGGAUCCCAGGCACUGCAACCAGAAACUUAUGGUUUCGGUUUUGGACAAGGAGAAGCCGGGAAUGACCCGACAGCGAACUGGCCAGAACAUAAAUAA